GAACCACAGUCGACUAGAAACACAUCAGCCAGUGUGCCCGCAGCCAUGGCACUACGAGAGCAAGACCAUCCUUUGACGGUGCUCGCCAGCGACCUGCCUGAGCCCAAAGCUGCUCAAGCCGUCGAAAUUCAAGGCCAGCCUCCGCCCCCGUUGUUGCAGGAUGAGGAUCCCUCCCAACCCGUACCUCGAAGCAAAUUUCGAACGGCCAUAAUUCUGAUAGCCUUGUAUCUUGCUCUCUUUGUCGCGGCUCUCGAUGCCACCAUCGUCGCAACAGCUCUUCCAAUUAUCACCUCGGAUCUAAAGUCAGCUGCCGGUUACAUCUGGAUCGGUGGUGCAUAUUUGAUUGCCAAUGCUGCCGCUGCCCCAAUCUGGGUCAAGUUCAGCGACAUCUGGGGCCGCAAACCGAUACUACUCUGUGCUGUUUUCGUCUUCUUCGUGAGCUCCAUUAUCUGUGCCGUUGCUGUCAACAUGCAGAUGCUCAUUGUUGGUCGGGCGAUCCAGGGAGCUGCAGGAGGUGGCUUGAUCUGCAUGGUCAAUGUAGCCAUUUCAGACCUGUUCAGUGUCCGCGAGAGGAGCUUGUGGCUUGGGUACUGCGAAGGUAUCUGGGCCGUCAGCGGCGCAGUAGGCCCUCUCCUCGGUGGUGCUUUUGCUCAGAAAGUCUCCUGGCGGUGGUGCUUCUAUUGCAACCUGCCCAUUGCUGGCACGACGUUCAUCCUCCUCGUCUUCUUUCUCAAUGUUCAUAACCCAAAAACCCCGUUAGUCGAUGGAUUCAAAGCCAUCGAUUGGUUCGGCUGCAUUUCGAUUGUGGGCGUUGUGGUCAUGCUACUGCUUGGCCUUGAUUUGGGAGGGGCAGUCUAUCCUUGGGGAUCAGCCAAGGUGAUCUGUUUGAUUGUGUUUGGUUCUUUGAUGAUUCUCGUCUUCAUCUACAGCGAGAAAAAGAUUGCCAAGUACCCAGUGAUACCACUGUCUCUCUUCGGGACAAGGAACAUUGCAACUCUGGUCGUCACCUUUCUUCACGGCUUGGUCUUUAUCGCUGCUGAAUACUACUUGCCUCUGUUUUUUCAGAGCGUGAGAGAAGCAUCGCCGCUCAAAUCUGGUGUGCUUCUUGUACCAUUGAUUGUAUCAACGGCAGUCACUGGCGUUUUAAAUGGUGUUUUCAUACAUCGUACCGGCCAGUAUCGACCUUCUAUGUGGUUGGGAACAACACUCUUGGCAGUUGGAACAGGUCUGUUUAUCACGCUGAGUCCCAAUACCUCGAUCGGUGAGAUUAUUGGCUUCGAGAUCAUUGCUGGAAUAGGUUCAGGAUUGUUGUUCGAACCACCUCUGAUCGCCAUUCAGCAAGGUGUCGCUCAAGAUGAUGUGGGCACGGCGACCUCGACACAGAGUUUCAUCCGCAGCAUGGCUUUAUCACUUGGUGUCAUAGUGGGAGGCAUUGUGUUCCAGCAAAGCAUGGACCUCCGUGGGCCUGUUUUACAAGAAGCUGGCCUCCCACCGUCUGUUCUCGAUGAAUUAUCGGGGAAGAAUGCAGGCGCAAACGUCAUGGCCGGGCAAGGCUUACCACCUGAUCAACACCUCGCAGUGAAACAGGCCUUUUCUUGGAGUAUUCGGAAUAUGUUCAUCAUGUUCACAGUAUUUGCAGCGCUGAGUAUCGUGGUAAGCUUCUUUGUCAAGAAGCAUAAGCUUUCCAAAGAACACCGUGAGACAGUGACAGGGCUGCGGAAGGAGAACUACUCCUCUACGCCAGAACCACCAGCUCCAUGAAGGAGAGCUAAGCACGAUUGCAUCUCAAUGUGCAACAACUGACACGAGCGCUCCGGAUCACUCGGCACCACGCCUGCUCCAAAGGUCUGUUGCGCGAUAUACAUGACGCGGUGAUGCUUCAGCACCGGUAACAACAGCACUCGCUCAUUUAGACCACUUCUGAUUGUUUGAUAUCAUGUGCAUGUGCACAUCAUCACGGUGAGCUUCUCCACCGUCAAAAAACCAGCAAGUAUUCAGAAUCAUGGACACCAUAACGUGGACAAUACUGUCACGUCAACUGAUGCUACUAGUGCAUAGCCCUUGCCAAUAAAGGAGAGGAAUAGCUAACAUGAAUGUGGCAAGAUAUGAUCCGUGUUUGUUGUAGGCCAUCUAGCUAAAGUGCAACACCAGUUGGUAGUGUGUCAAGACCAGGGGGUCAUCUCACUUGGCUGUGUGCAAACCAUGGAACUCUGAGGCUGAACUACCCAGGAGCUUCACAAUUGUAUAAUCAAGACUGAAG